AUGUGGAGGUUAACGUGUGUCGGUUUGGCCCUGCUCUUAUGUGUUCAAGGUUCACUUUCUCAGCUGAACGUUUGUGGACAGGCUCCUCUAAACACUUGUAUUGUGGGCGGUGUGGAUGCCUCUGAGGGUUCAUGGCUGCGGCAGGUCAGUCUGCACACUUCUGGACGUCAUUUUUGCGGAGGCUCCCUCAUCAACAAUGAAUGGGUGCUGACAGCAGCUCACUGCUUACCUGGUGUCAGCGCAUCCAGUCUGCGUGUGUAUUUGGGAAGGAGGACGCAGCAAGGAGUCAAUGCCAAUGAAAUCAGCAGAAAUGUCACUACGAUCAUUGUCCACCCCUCCUACGACAGGACCACAAACCACAAUGACAUUGCUGUGCUCCGGCUGUCUGCCAGAGUUACCUUUAAUGACUAUAUUAGACCCUGCCAGAAAAAUGUCUACUCUCUGUCUUUGCGUAGGGGUGGUCCAGUGGUGAGCAAGCAGUGUUUGGUGUGGGUUCAGUCUGGUAUCACCAGCUGGGGUUAUGGCUGUGCCGAUCCCAACGCACCUAGUGUUUACACCCGCGUGUCACACCUCACCUGCUUCUACAUCAGCCACUUCUACAACUUCUCCAACUACUACUACUACUACUACUAA